CGCUUCGGUGUUCCCGGAAGCGUGUCGCGCUCUGGACUCGCCGCUCCCUCCUCGCGCCAUUGGAAAGUCAGAAGCUCACUCUAACGUACGACGAGCAGCGCCCGCACUUCUUCGCAGUAGAUCAUGGCAGAACACGAACCCACCCCAGAACAGCUAGCAGCCAUCGCUGCCGAGAACGAGGAGGGCGAGGCUGUGAACUACAAGCCGCCAGCACAGAAAACCCUCCAGGAAAUCCAGGAGCUGGACAAGGACGACGAAAGCCUGCGCAAGUACAAGGAGGCCUUGUUGGGCUCAGCCGCCGUGGCCGUAGAUCCUAACGCACCCAAUGUCCAAGUGACACGACUAACUUUGAUGUGCGAUACAGCCCCUGCUCCUCUGACCCUUGACCUGCAAGGAGACCUGGAGAGCUUUAAGAAACAGUCAUUUAUAUUGAAAGAAGGAGUGGAAUAUAGGAUAAAGAUCAGCUUCAAGGUAAACAAGGAGAUUGUUUCAGGACUGAAGUAUGUACAGCAGACCUUUAGGAAAGGGGUGAAGCUUGACAAGUCCGACUACAUGGUGGGCAGUUACGGGCCUCGACCUGCCGAGUAUGAGUUCCUGACCCCGCUGGAGGAGGCGCCCAAAGGCAUGCUGGCCCGCGGCACCUACAACAUAAAGUCCAAGUUCACCGACGAUGACAAGCACGACCAUCUGUCCUGGGAGUGGAACCUCAACAUCAAGAAGGACUGGAAAGACUAAGCCACUCCCAAACCCCCAGCUGUUUUUCCUCUCCUACAUCCCUCCUCCCUCUCUUCUCCCCAAUACGCCCUCCUGCCCAUUUACUUCAAGUCCCAUCAUCAUCAUGGAAUAACUGGUUAAUCGACAUACAGAAAAGGCUCUCUCUCUCACUCCGUCCACCUUCCUACUGUUUGUCAUCCUCUGCCAUUCCUUCCCUUCUCCUUCAACCCUCCCUUCUCUCCCAAUGAGUAUUGAGGCUUUGAAAAUAUAUAUGUGAAAAACAAACAAAACGUGCACAAUCCAAAUUUUGUGUUUUUGGUUUGUUUGUAUAUAAAAGUUCAAAAAAGACAAAAAAGAGAGAGGAAAAAAAUAUUCAUAAAGAAAACACUUGGAUACUUUUGACAUGGCUGUUAGUAGUAAUCUUCACACCCCUAUGCUCCUCCUCCUGCUCGUUUGCCCCACCCUUAUUUGUCCUGUGUGCUUUUUGUUUUUGACAUUCCUUUUUUUUUUUUUUUUUUUUAUUAUUAUUACCAUGAUCUGCCUUGAUGAGAGUAAUGGGAGAUGGUGCCGCUUGCUAAUGUUUUGCCACUGGCAUUCCCUCAGAACUUGCGGCUUUCCUCAGCCCAGAGGAAAAACGUCUUUGUCUUUAUGCCUUUUGAGAUAAUCUGUGUACAGUGGUUAGCAUGACUGGGUGUAGCUGACGUCUGUAGAAGUAUGUAGAGCUGACAGCGGAGGGCAGGUCUGUAUUUGGGUGGCUAAAUGGUGACUAGAGAAUGCCUUCGUGUGCACGUGGUUUUAAGUAUGUAAUGUUUAGAGGAUGUAGAUGUCUUGACCUCCCGCCCAUUAGAGGAGCUCCACUGGUCAGCCUCUUCUGUGGUAGUGUGUGUGUUCUUGUGACCAUUUAUUUCGCCAUGUGGCCUUACAAAUGAUUCCUGUAGCAAGAUGUUGAGGAGCUUUUUGCCUUUUUGAAGUAACAUUUUAAAAUCUGAUGUCUGUCAAUGUAACCUUUUUAAAUCUGAAAUCAUUUAUUUCCCCCCGCCUGCCAGAGCUGAAGAUGCUCUGCAUACUGCUGCUCCUUGUCAGAAGUGAUCGUUUCAUCUGGUGCCUCAUCCAAUUGGCUUGAUUUUUAGGAUGGACCAAACAUGAAGGCCAGUAGAAGUAGAAGAACCAUGAAACUGAAAGUACAACUGUGCCAUUUUGGGCCCCCUCCAUACCCUUGUGUGUUUCUAGUUUCUAUGUUCUCUCUCCCAAAUGUUCCCAUUUCCAAAGAAGGCAGGUGCUUAAAUUUGUGGAAUGUGCCCUUUGCCUUGUGGUCUGCGAGCGCUGUCAGCAAGUGCUAAAGAGAUUUCCUGAAGCGGAAAGGGCUGUUUUCACUUGCAGACCUCAAGUAUUAAACUACUCCACUGAUGAAUUACAAACAUCACUGACUGUGCCUCCACUAUUUAUAAUCACAAGCUGCUUACCAAGGUCUGUGAAACCUAAGAGGCGUCAAACAUGAAGUCAGAACUCUAAGCGAAGUGUGUUUGGCUGAGAGGGACAUAAAGGUUUAGGGGUGUUCUUUGAAUCUGGACUCAGUUUGACUAUCUUUCUCCUUAGUCCUCUGCUCCAGUCCAGGUGCGAUUUCACCUUGAGGUUUGAACACAAAAUAGGAAAGAGUUGCGCCUGGCGCAUUGCUCUGUCCUAGUAUGUACACUCAGUUUUAUUUUUGAUUUUUUUCCCCUCUUGACAACGUUGCCUGUAAUGUCAGGUGGAGAUUUGUUAUUGCACUUGCUUCUUCUCUUCAUUUGGUUUUGGUGUCUCUGUCUGUACUGCUAUCACUGUGGAAGUUGGAGAUUACUGUUCAUCUGUGUCAACAUUAAAAAGUGUUCAGAUUGAAGUG